UGUUUUCAAUCGAUCAUCAAUCUCCAAUUAGGAGAUAAUAGAUAUGAUUGAUUAAGACCACUUGUCGAGGAUGUAAUUUAUUAUGAUGUAACCAAAAAUUAUCUCAAAGCAGAGUUUUGAGAGUUAUGAGACCAAAUAUAUACAAUUGAUGUUUAGUAUAUUGUAGAUCUUGGUGUCGUUAUGAUGCUUUCACAAAAAUAUCCGUUGAAGUGUGGAGUUUUUAUACUGUUUUUGGCUGGUAUAAUUUGUGUGGAUGAAAGUGUGUUUAAGAAAUGUGAACAAAGUGCUUUUUGUAGGCGACUCCGUCGGUUUGUACCGCAGGAAAGUUCAUUUAUAGCACAAUCUGAUACUUUACAAGUAGUUGAUAAUGUAGUGACAAUGGACCUUUUAGACACAAAUACGUCCCAUUGGUACACAUUAACAUUGAGUUCGGUUGAUGAGAAAAUUUUUCAUUUUGAAAUCGAUGAAAAACAAUGGAAAAGUAGAAGAUACCGCGUGAAAGAUUCCUUGGUAAACGAGCUCAUCACACGUAACAUUACCAUGGAAGCUUCGUAUUCGACCGUUAUGGUCAUUGAUGGCGCUAAAGAAGCACAUAUUCAUUUAUCUCCAUUCCGUUUGGAUUUCUAUUACGCAAGUAAACUUUUCGUUUCGAUAAACUCUAAAGGGUUUCUGAACGUUGAACGAUUGCGUGAGAAACCUACAAAUCCGUCCGAAGGCGAAUGGGAAGAAGAAUUCAACGGUUUCAUUGAUAGUAAACCAAGAGGGCCAGAAUCGUUGUCUUUAGAUUUUACCUUUCAGCAGGCAGAGGUCCUGUUCGGUAUCCCAGAACAUGCUGAUAGUUUCAUCUUGAAAGAUACAGUGGACGGGAAUAGUGAUCCUUAUCGUUUAUACACUUUGGAUGUAUUCAGCUAUGAGCUGGAAAGUAAAAUGGCUCUUUAUGGAGCCGUUCCUGUUUUAUAUGGUCAUGGUACAACUGGCUGUUCUGGAAUAUACUGGCAGAACUCAGCAGAAACAUGGGUGGAUAUAUUUUUGGAAAACGUUCCAGCGACAAAUUUUAUUUCUGAGAGUGGCAUCGUAGAUGUGUUCGUGUUACUGGGAUCUUCUCCAGUUGAAGUGUUUCAGCAAUACUCAUCAUUGACCGGAGCUGCGCCUUUACCUCAAAUGUAUGCUUUGGGAUAUCACCAAAGUCGCUGGAAUUAUGACAAUGAAUCCGAUGUCCUGAUGAUCGAUUCUAAGUUUGAAGAACACAAUAUUCCUUUAGAUAGUAUUUGGUUAGAUAUUGAAUAUACAGAUGGGAAGCGAUAUUUCACAUGGGAUUACAUCAGAUUUCCUAAUCCAUUAGGAAUGAUAAAUAAUUUAGAAUCCAAUUCCCGUCAUCUUACAAUAAUAAUUGAUCCGCACGUCAAGAUAGAUGAUGAUUAUUUUUUCCAUAAAGAUUGCACUGUUGGAAGAUAUUAUGUGCAAACUAAAGAUCUAGCCGAUUUCGAAGGUUCGUGUUGGCCAGGAUCCUCCAGCUAUACGGAUUUCCUUAAUCCAGAAGCUCGUAAUUAUUAUGCCGAUAGGUUCCUGUUGUCUAACUUCAAGGAAUCCACCCGUAAUGUUGGUAUUUGGAAUGACAUGAAUGAACCGGCCGUUUUCGAUGGACCUGAAGUCACCAUGCAAAAAGAUAAUGUUCACUAUGGUGGCUGGGAGCAUCGGGAUAUUCAUAAUUCAUAUGGCCAUUAUCAUGUUAUGGCCACCUACGAUGGAUUGAUGAGACGGAGCGAAGGAACACUGAGACCAUUCAUUUUGAGUAGAUCGCACUUUGCCGGAACGCAACGAUACUCUGCUAUUUGGACUGGAGAUAAUAUGGCGGAGUGGGGUCAUUUGCAAGCAUCUAUUAAAAUGUGUCUUUCGGCGUCGGUUGCCGGAAUUAGUUUCUGUGGAGCUGAUGUCGGUGGUUUUUUUAAUGAACCCAGCUCGGAACUUCUUUAUCGUUGGUAUCAGGCCGCAGCUUUCCAACCAUUUUUCCGAUGUCACGCACAUCAGGACACUGAGCGUCGUGAACCAUGGCUUUGGCCCGAUGAAGUGAUGCAGAUUAUAAGAGAUGCUAUACAGAAACGGUAUCGUCUUUUGCCAUACUGGUACACAUUGUUCUACGAGCACGAAAGAUUUGGUUCACCAAUAAUGCGCCCACUUCUGGCACUGUACCCAACAGAUCCACAGGCGUUUGAAAUCGAUUCGCAAUAUCUACUUGGAGAUCAAUUACUUGUAGCUCCCGUGUUAGAAGAAAAUCAAACUAGUGUAAAUGUUUAUUUUCCCACGAGAGAAAAUAAUGAGCCAGAUACGUGGUACGAUUUUGAUGAUUUCAGAGCUUACAACAUCACCGGACUUGUUGAGAUUUCUGUGGAUAAAUUCAAGACUCCUGUAUUUCAACGAGCCGGAACGAUAAUCGCUGUUAAAAAUACUGUCAGAAAAUCUAGCGUAUUGAUGAAAUCGGAUCCGUACACGCUUCUGGUCGCAUUAGACACACAUGGUGUUGCGAAAGGAACUCUUUACGUUGAUGACGAGGAAAGUUUUGAGUAUCGGAGUGGAAAAUAUGUAUAUUUUGAGUUAAUCUUUGAAAAUGGAUAUCUUCAAUACAAAAAAAUUGAUAUCAAUUCAUCUUUCGAAACCGACGCAAUAUUUGAGAAGAUCGUGUUCGCAGGAUUGAAGAAGAAGGCAUAUUCAGUUAAAUUUCAAACAAUAAAUAAUUCCGGAAAUGUGCAAAUGCAUUUAUCGGAUAACAUAAGUUUUGUCGAAGAUUUGAAACUUUCAGUCAAAGAUGAAUGGAGUCUAAUCAUAGAAUGAUAGAUCUGCGUAGAUCCUUUUUGAAAGCAAAUGGUUUA